CAUCCCGGCUGGCACGCCACCAACCACGGCCGAGGACACACCGCCCCACCGUGUCACGGCGUCACCUCCAUAACUACGCAUCGCGCGCACCCGCAGCAUCGAUCACUCGCUCACACUGAGCCAACUCGCACGAUGCGGAGCCUUCUGCUGCAGGUGGCCGCCACGGCGCUGGCCGUCGCCGUCGCCGUCGCCUCCGUGGCCGCGCCUUCCUCCGCCGCUCAGGGGACCGACGGCACGGCGGUGCCGUCGUGUGCGGCGAAGCUGGUGCCGUGCGGGGGCUACCUCAACUCCACGUCCACUCCCCCGGCGUCCUGCUGCGGGCCGCUCAAAGAGGCGGCGGCCAACGAGACGGCGUGCAUGUGCGCCAUCCUCGACAACAAGGCCGCGCUGCAGGCGUUCGGCGUGGCGCCCGAGCAAGGGAUGCGCCUCGCCAAGCGAUGCGGCGUCACCACCGACGCGUCCGCCUGCGCUAAGUACGCCGCCACCGGCACCGGCACCGGCACCGGUGCAGCAGGUGCAGCCACUGCCGGUAGUACUGCUGCAUCUUCAGCUUCCACUGGCAGCUCUGCUUCUACAGUGACCAAACCAACAGCUAGCGAAGGAGGCGCGGCGCACCGCCUGAGCUUGACCGUGGCAUCGGCCUUGGUAGGUUUCAGUUUCAUCUGGUGGACGAUCAUGGCGUAGUUGGGCGUACCGAACUGCUUCGCAUUUGCCUCGGCUUAUUAUAUGAUGAGUAUCUAGCAUGGUAUCGGCAGGAUUCUUUGGUUGAUUCAGAGUUGCAAUUUUGUGCUAUCCAAAUAAUGUACCUAUCACAUAGUUAUUAUUUCGUACUGCAUAUCCUGUGAUACCAAUGUUGUUCUAUGCAAAAUAACAAACAUGUUUAGCAGGGGUGACUCAAUGAAAACAUGCUUGAGAGAGAAAAAAAACUCCCUCUGGUCAUAAAUACUUUUUUUU